AUGCUUGGUCUAUCCCACUUGGGAGAUGUCGAGACCAAUGUCGAUCAAAAGCCCAUCGGGCACAUUCGAGCUCUAGAAUGGCCUCAGUCGUUUUCGAACACCGACCUGUCCACUGGGGACGACGAAAUCUCCGUACAAGAGCAUCAGUCUGUCAGCCAUGUCAGUCUCAGCUCGAUGGAUCAUCAUUCUGUCACACAUGAGCCUGAGGAGAACUGCGAUUAUGAUCACUCUAUUGCAGAUAUCGGCCAGUCAGGUCUGGCACGAGAUCUAACCAUCCCUGGCGAGAUAUACGGUCAGCCUUUCAUCAAUGGCAGGCCUUUGGAAACUGACUCCAAGGACCUGGUUUCAUCAUCUCGAAGUGUGACCAUCCCUGGACAAACUUGUGGUCAGCCUAUCAUCAAGCAUAGGCCUUUGAGAACCGAUCCCAAGGGCCGGCUUCCUUCUGCUCGAGAUGGGGCAAGGGAUCAAGUAGCCACGGCUGGUCCAAAGGACUCCGGUACUGGAGGUCGUCUGCACUCUUAUCCUCCACUUGUGCCAUAUAAUCCUCAGUCACGUUCUCCUCGCAGGGGUUUUUCCAGUGGAACCGCGACACAUUCGACGGGGGGACGUUUCGUGACGUGGCCCACAAGUGACAUUUUGUCGAGCCAAAUGGGUCUUGACGCUCAUAUUAGCCGCGCACGAAGCCGAUUGACCAGUUAUGUUUCUAGUAAUACUGAGUUAUCCAUUGAUGGCUCACCAAAGGCUUUGACACAUGCUAUUGAUCGUGUGCGUCUACGAAUGCUACCUCACCAAGGCAGUCCACUCGAUCGUAUUUUGCAUCGAGCAGACGCAUUAGAAGAUGCUCUCACGACACUUUUCCGCUCUCUGCAGGCGUCUCACGAGUUUCUUGAUGAAUAUCCGCUGUUGAUUCGAUCGUGUAUCAAGUAUCUUGUGCAGCUAGCGGCUAAGAAUGUUUCGAGUAUACUUGAAAAGGCAUUCGAAGCAUUCAAUGAAGUUACUGAGAUAAUUACGGCUAUGGGAAGACCCAAAGAUGCUCAGUCGCCUGAACUUGAUAAACAGCUCUUUGAGUUCCUCAUUGCCUUUAUGGAUAUGAUUGUUUCCAUUUUUCAGCAUAUCCACAUCACAGGCAAAAGCUCCAAUGGUUGGGCUUCUGGUCUUGAGACCUUGGAUCUGGCUGAGUUUGUGGCGACUCUAAAGAAGAUCUAUGAUCACUUCUGCCACGAGCUGUGGGAUAUCAUUAUAAGAAGCCAUCCCAGCAAGGGUAUCAGCCUGGAUAUGAUUCGCCGCUGGCUUUUUGACCAAGAGGAUCAGUCACGAUCCCGUUACCCUAGAGGAACCCGAGUCCUAUACUUCAGUUUUGGUAAGAACACAUCUCAACUGGCCUAUCGCCUAGAGUCUCAGUUUUCACGCCGCAAAUCCUCACUAAGCUUUGUCAAAAGUCUGAUCCUGCAACUUUUGGACCAAAACAACGCAAAUUUUGAGAUGUUUUCUGCAAUUUGCGAUGUGUAUGUCGAUAUUGAACAGAAGCAUAUCCCCGAUGCAGAAGGUCGUCUCUGGUUGUUUUUGAUCGAGUGGGCUACGGCCACUACUCGCGCCAAGUUGGGCGCUGGAACUUUGAUCGUCGUGGACAACCUGGAUAAGGUUAAUGGCGGAAAGACUACAGCUCUGCAAAUCUAUGACAGGUUAUAUGCCUUUGUCUCUAAACACCAUGGCUUCCGCGCAGUUGUUCUAUCUCGCCCUAUUUUUGGACCUGGGGAUAGCGCUUAUGAAGGCUGUUGGAAGAUACCUGAACCAUUUCCCUCCGAGGAUAUACGGCACUACAUAGAUAUACGUCUGCGUCAGUCCUCUCGCCUGGAAUUUCUCGCUUCGGCUGAGAUGGAUGAAGUUGUUCGCCGAGCUCUAGACGUCCGCAUAGAGUCAAUUCAAACGGCAAACCUGGCUAUCACGUUCAUCGAAUUGCAAGGGACAUACCCCAGCAUUCUCACUGCCCUUCUCACAAUGCCUGGCACGCGCCGCGGCCUCAUUGACUAUUUAAUCAUGCGAAUUGAUUUCGCCAGCCCAGUCGCGAAGAGCCUCAUUUCAUGGCUCGCUGUUGCAGAAGAUAACCUGUCCAUAUCUGAGUUGCAACGCCUCCUGGAUCCCGCGGUUGCAUCAUUACUUGCAAGCGCAGAUGCCUCUAGGAAGCUGCGUGAACCAUGUGCUUUUCUCGUUGACAUACGAUUUGGAAGCAUUGCCUUCAUCGACAAAGAGGUCAAAGGCCGCAUCUUGCAUUUGGCACAGCAAUCACGAAUUAGAAUCACUCACUCCCAGGCUAACCAUCUGGUCCUUGUUCGCUGCUUGGAAUAUAUGAAGAACAAGCUACAGGUUCAUGAAACUUCCACGCCAAGUCUCAAUGGUCCGGGUUCAAAACGCGAUAUUAAAUCCAGCAGCCGAGCCUUGAAUGAUCCUGUUCUGGAUUACUGUAUUCAGUUCUAUAUUCAACAUUAUAUUUCCGGAUAUGAGGGUUUCAUGGGGGCUGACUGGAAGUCAGUGUAUCCAGAUACUCCUCAGCUAGCACAAUGGGAAUUUGCCUACUGGGCAGAUCAACCAGAUAUUGAAAUCAGGGAAACCUGGCACAGGCGGGCACUUGAAUUCCGCAAAGCGAUUCUGGGUGAAAAUUCUCAAGCUGUCAUUCAAUCCUUGAUCAACUUGGCAAAAUUGUCUCUGUCAACUACGCAUUCGUUCGACGCGAUGGUGUACCUAUGCGAAGCCUGGAAGAUCUCCGUCUCGGUCAUGGGAAGCCAGGCAGCCGUGUGCAAAGACCUCGCACAGACUAUUGCGGACAUUGUGAGCCGUGAGUCUAGCGUGGAAUCGUCGUUUGAUGAUAUUCCCAAUCUGGAAGAAAUUCUUGAAUAUCUCUGGAAAUUUGAGCAAAAGAAUUACGACACUAUAAAUGAUUCACCCAUGGUCCAUGUUCAGUUUCUGGUUGGGCUCUAUGAACAUCGCCGCAAAUUCCACGAUGCAUGCCGACUGCUGCAAGAUCUUUACCAUCAAGCGGCCACUCUAUUUGGAAGGUUUGAUCCACGGACUAUUGACCACGUCGAGAGGCUUAUUAGAAUACUGAAGGAAAUGGGCCGAGAUAACGAGAUCCUCGUAAUGUGCGAAGAUUUGUUUGGAGAGGCUGAGCAUACUCUGAAGCAGUGGGAUCAACGACGUCUCAAAAUUCUCUUCCAUAUGAUCGCGUGUUAUCUACGCCAAGGCCACACAGCUCGUGCCCAAGACAGGCUGUCCAAGAUAUGGAGGACUCUCUAUGAAUUGGCGGCAGAAAUUCACACUCUGGAUGUACACAUUGCUCUUGUUCUGGUGACACUUGAGCGAAUCCAACUUUUCAGGUAUCAUCCGUCUAAGAUGCAACAAAAAGAGACUUCAAGUCUAGUCUCUCAGGUAUGGUUGGUUUUGGGGGAGUCCUCCUUGUCUUUCAAUGAUGAGCUUUUAGGAACCCUUCUGGGCAUGAGCGAGUACUGUGUCAAUGUUGACGUUUACGAGCCUGUGCUACCAAUUCUUCUGCAUCUCCAAUCUGCGUUCCACGAUCGCAUCACCACUUCUCCUCAUGAUGCGAUUCGAGUUGCAAUAGCGCUCUCCAGAUGUUACCGCUAUGAUCCUGUAUGCAAAGGACGUAGUGAGUUUGAUCCGAAUGCUCUUCAAGAGCUACUUCAAUUGCUUCUUGGAUCAAUUCACCUAGACGAGAGCUAUGCGGAUCUGGCGGAAGAGCUGGUCUAUAUAUACAUCUCGGAGAAACAGUGGGCGGAAGCGAUCCAGGUGUGCACUCUUGUAUUGACCCGCCUUUGGCCAGCAAUUCUUGAGCCAGUGGACACUUUGAUCCUCAGCUUGUCAUUUCCUAAGGAGUACCAAGCUGUGGUCAUUCGCAUGGUACUGCUUUACGGUCGGGUGAAGCUGCUUCAAAGUGAGAAUGACUAUCAAACGUCACUUCUGUUACAAUAUAUCUUCGCUCUAUUCAGAAAAGAUCUUCCGCUGCACCACAUCGCGCUAUAUGAGGCUGCAUGCGUGCUAUCCGACUGCUUGCGCCGACUCGACCGCAUGUCCGAGGCAAUGGAGAAGUGGAAGGAGCUUUAUGAAAAGUGCUCGCAUCAGCUUGGUCCAUUUCACGAACAAUGUCUUCGCAUCACCGAAUAUGUGCUCGGCAUCUACCGGGAGACUGGGUAUAACGUAUCUAUCGGCUCUAUUGACGUGUUGACUAUUAUUCUCCGAAGCUUUCCUUCGAGAUCUGACUGGUGUCGAUCAAUUGUCUUCGAAGUCAUUGCCACUCUACUGUCGCAGUAUGAGAGCCAAGGCAGAUUGGAUGAGAUGUUGAACCUAUAUGAUCAGAUGUGGCAGGCGAUUUUUCGCUACAACCGCACACACGCUCAUCCCGUCUCUGACACUAGAAUCUUUGAGAUUUAUCAAAAAUUCUUCUCUGCUCUCAAGGAAAAAGGAGACUGGGACCGGGCUAUUCAACUGACGUAUGAGCUGCAAAAGCUCUUGCGCAUAAAUGGUGAUCUGAGCGCACUAUUGUGCCUUCGUGCCGACUUUGAGCUCGCCGAGCUUCUAGAGCGUGAUGAUCACAAGUACAAGCAAGUGAUCCCUCUUUACGAGGCCAUCUGUGAAACGGAAAUUUCCGAGUUUGAUGAAGAGGAGCGCGAAGAAGUUCGCUAUCUCAUCCAAACUGCCACAGAACGUCUCGCUAAGCUUUAUAUGAGUCAUGCAGACCUGGCAGCCAAAGCCGAGGCAAUGCUCGUCAAGUACUGGAGAAAAUCUGUUAUUAUCCACGGCAGUUCCGAUCUUCACACCCUCCAGUGUUUUCACCGACUCAUCGAAUUCCGUCGCCACCAAACUGAGGGAGGGACACCCAUUCAUACCUGGAUUCGGGAGUAUGUGAUGGACUUGUUGGCGGAGGAACGUGAUGGGCAAUGUCUCUUCGAACGUGCGGGAUCCGUCGCAAAGCUCUACAGGAAGACGCAAAAGGUCAGUUUUGGGCUCCGCUUCAUGCAGGAACUGCGUGGCGAGAUUGUCAGCCUGAGCACAAGCAAUCCAUCGCAGCCCACCCCAACGAGCGUAAAUCUUCUCGAUCAUCGCUGCCUGAUUUUCAUUGAUGCCGUUGAUAUAAUGCUUUCAGAAAGAAAAAGAAGUCCGCCAUUGCUGGAAGACCUUCUCCGGGAUGUAUUCGCUGAGACAGCGCUUUAUGAAGCUUGGGGUCGUGCCAAACGCGGCUCCUAUCCUCUUAAACUGAUUUUCGGCGCUGCUUCACGGCUGUUCCACUUUUUGAAGAGCCAUGGACGUGAUCAGGAGGGAGAUGCAGUACUUGAGGAUCUCUGGAGCAUCUUUCAAGCCACUUCCGGCGAUCUGCCUGCGGCAGGUAUUGUCCGUCUUCAAGUGGAGAUUUGCAUACGCUGCAUGGAUCGCCGACAAACAUCAGCCACGCUCGUGGAGGCGCUGGUCCGAAUCUGCACGGAGCUCUUCAGUAUCAGAUCUUGCUCUGGAGGAUUGGUGGUUCUGGAAUGGGCGGCAGAGUAUCUAAGCAACCCGACAUGGGCCAAGCCAUCUCAGGCCCUUCAGCUGGCUCUGCGUCUCGCACAGAGCAUCAAUAGACUCUCUUUCCUCGAUUUAGAUCGUAUCUACGUUGAUAAAGCGAAAGCUCUAGUUUCAGAUAUCCUGUCGAAGCUCAUUCGACACGUUGACGCCGGGGAGUUGGUCUUGAGCGAAAUUUCAGUUCAAGAGGUCAACCUGGUCAUUCAGUUGCUCGGCCACGGUGCCAGCGUACUUAAAGCACUCAAGGAGAUAUUCGCCUCGCUGUGGCACUCCCGGCAUACUCUCGGAUGGGCUACCAAAUCCACUGUAUCUAUCGGUCUACGCCUGUGUGAAGUCCGGUUCGCACUUGACGAGCAAAAAGAGGCCUUGCAGCUGCUUCAAGAUAUCUGCUACAAUAUCCGUGACGUUUACGGUCCGAGAAACUCGCUAACGAUAGAAUGCGAUAAUCUGCACGCCCGUCUUCUCGCUACUAAUGGGCAGUACGACUUGGCUCUCACUAUUGAAGGCAACAUUUUCAAGGAUGUGCUCACUUACAUCCGGAAUACCCCGUCAGUUGCUCAGUCAGACCUCGAGCAUCUGAACUCCGUCUUGGACGAUCAAAGAAGUCUUUUCAGAGCAACACUUGGACUGAAAGGAGGCUGGGAGGCGGGCGAGCUUGAAAAAUACAGCGAGAUCCAUGACGACCUCUUGGGCAAGCUCCCCGGAAUAGAUCAGUUCGAUAUUCCUUCCGAUGGGGCAAGAGCUGCUUGCUGCUGGUCGACCCCAACAGAAUGGACUAUUGCUGAGGAUGGUCCAAUUGAUGGACCUAAUGACGAUCUGUUUGAUUCGGCUUUUUAUGAGGACGAGAGUUCAGUGGAGCAGCAUGGGCCUAUGGAGAUUGUGUUGAGAGCGCAGCCGUGCAGAUUCGCAUCCCGCCCAGAGGAGGAGGGAGAGAGUAUCUUGGACUGA